GUUACGUUGUGUUUUAAUCCCGUUGUUCACAAGCUAAAAUUAGCAUCCCGAUUUAUUUUAAUUUGUAACGCGAAAUACAGAUGCAUCUUUCUAACCUAGCUAGCCCGCUAGCUUUAGCGUUUGUUAGUUUUUUUUUGACGUUUGUGAAUGAACACUUCUUCUGCUGAUAACAUCUGCGGCAGAGGACACGCAGCAAAGGCCCGUUGCUGCCCUCUGCAGGUCAGUGGUAGAACAACAGUAGAAUCUGAGCACAUCUCUGCUGGUGUAACUUCUUCCACUCGCCCAAACAUUCCUAAAAGCUCUGUAGUGUAGACUGACACAUGAUUGGAUAUGCACUUUCUAUCUGGUAUGAUAUAUUAGAAUGUCUGAAUUCAAAAGUUAACUUUUUCUUUCCUUCUUCAAACAGAUUUCCUUUAGGUGAUAAUGCAAGGCUGAAGCAAUGGUUGCUGAAUGUGAGGAGGAGGAACUGGAUCCCAUCUAAAAGUUCACGUCUGUGCAGUACGCACUUCAAGGAUGACCAGUUCUUCAUAGACAAGGAGGGCAAGAGGAGGCUGAAGGACACUGCUGUGCCCACCAUUUUCAUCUUUCAAAACCGUUGGUUGAUAGAGGAUGUAACGAACACGACCAGCCUGCUACGAUUGACUACCAACAUUGACAAUGGACCGUAUCACAGCAUUGCCAAUGCGGAGCAAGCGCCUAUUGAGGAGGAGGAUGAUGUCGUGGACUGCGAUGUUGUUGACAGCGUCUUUGACGAAAUCCUCGAUGAUGACAUUGUUCGGGUUAUUGUCGGUGGCGAUGUCGAUGAGGUCGUUUCCGAUGACAAUACCGAGUGUGAGACGAGCAUAACUUCACAAUCCGCUUUGCACGAUCAUAGUUACCGGAGUCUGAAACAAGAGCAGAUCUACGUGGGCACUGAUCACAACUACAUAGUUUCUGGUUCUCCCAGGACACUGAAACGCAAAGUGGACGCGGUACAAGAUCAGCUUGUCUUGGCUCACAAAAAGCUGAAGUUGAAGUGUCAGGAGACGAGGCGAAUGAAGUCAAGACUCUUGUCCAUGAAAAAUCUGACCAAGGAUCUAAAGAAAAAGUUAAAUGCAGUUGAGAAAACUCUUGCCGCGGUUCAUAAGUAAUGGAGGUAAGGCGCAAACAAGUCCAGGAGAUCAAAGCUUUAAGGAAGAAGCUGAUCUGAAGUCUGUUUAUGUUAAAAGUCUCUUGUAGAGAUGCACCAAUUGCAAAUUUCUUGGCUGAUUCCGAUUGUCUGUUUUAAAAAAAACGUUAAUUGACUGCAAGGCUCCGGACUAAACCUACUUUAAUUUUGGUAAUGAUCAAACAUUGCUGGCAGCAGCAGGUGGAGUUAAGUGAAGCUUCAAUGAUGCACACCACCCCCACUCAUAAGCAACAGACUGUUUAAUGAGCCAAGACUUCAGGAGGAAACUGUUGUUGUUGCCGGUCCAGGACGGCAGGACGAGCAGCCGGACAUAAACGUCUUGUCUCCUCGUUUAAUGUUUCCAAAACAUUCAAAUUAAAAACACUUGAUUAUUUUGCUGUUACGAUAUCCCGUCAAUACUAAAUAGACUCCAAAAUGUAGCUGUUACAGUGAAACAUCUAUACUGAGUGGACCACAAAAUAGACUAGGAAUUACAAAGACUAUUUUAAAUAGCAAAUAUCUAAGCUAAAAACAAAUUUCUCACAUCUCAACUUGGAAAUCUAAAAUCCGCUGUUAGUGGUCUGCACAUUUAGGAGAUUGAUGAUCUCCUAUCAGUUCAACAUCAACAUCAUCUUCGGACGGUCAGUUUGUUUGAAUUCCUUGUACGACGACCUGAGAGCCUUGAAGGCAGGGAUCAGGGACGGAGGAAGGUUGAAACUAAUCUCACCAGGUUUUUCAAAGUAAUGGUCAAAUAUUAUAGGUGGAGUUAAAUGGGAGUUUCCGUGUUUCCAGUCCCAUCCGCUCCCUCUCGUAAACAGCAGACCGUUUAUUGAGCAAAACGCAGUUUGAGGAGUUUCACUGAGCUUCUAACAGGGUUCUUCUGAGUCCGUUAGACCAGGUUCUUUGAGGGAUCUGGUUGUCUUGUCCCUCGCUGCAAAAGCCAAAUGUGACACUAGGUGGCAGGAACGCCAUUCUUUUACAGUCCAGCAGACACUCGGCAAUAACAGCUCUUAAGCGCUCGUGUUACCCCCAACUUCAAAUAAUGUACUCAUAUAUAUCGCUUUCUAAUCACUUUCCAACAAUAUACCUUUCAAAAUAAAACAUUAAGGCGGACUGUUCUCUGUACUGUGCUGAUUCUGACCCAUAUGUUUGCAGCAUGUAUAAAGACCUUUAUUUUAAUGAUUAAACACCUCAGUCAUCACAUUGUAACAAGUACGGGAAAUGCAUCUCUAAUUUGGCCUUUAAUGUCACGCUUGUCUGAUUAAAUAUUUAAAAGGCUCCAGGGUUUAAUGGUAAUCAUCUUGACUUGCAAUGCUCUGAACUCUGUCAAACAUCAAGCAGAUCUUCAGAAGCUCAUUCUCCGCAUAAUUCAAACCAAUUCUGUGACGUCAGCGGGAUUAUUACGAGCAGUUCUCACUUCGUGCAUCAUGUAAACAGCCAGACCACACACAGUAUAGAGGAAUUAUUGAGCACAGCACGUAAAUUAUGACCAAAUAAAAGCAACUGAAUGCAACGAUUUUAUCAUCACUGUUCAGAAAGACAGCUCAACCAUAUAUAUUUAGACUGUUUUAACUUGUGUGCAACACCAGCAUGUGAACAGCUGUUAUUUAUUACUGAGUGUAAAAAGAGGUCUGGGUGAAAAGUGACUUUUGGAAUAAUAAGGAUAUUGUCAGAUAUUAUGAAACCGUCUCAAUUCCAACAAUGUUCUUACUGCUAGUCUACUAAAAUGUUUGGGACUCAGCAGAUCUUAACCCUGUAAGAACUAUCAACACCACUCACAUAAUUAUAAAGCUCUGAUGGUGUAUUCAUUUAAAAUAGGAGCUGGAAGAGAGACGAGAGCACACGACUCACAGUAAACGUGUCAUGUUCAUUUGUACAAAAAUAUAAAUGUUUGAUUGUUUAACAAAUCUUAAGAAAUAAAGCAGUCAAAGGGACAAAGUUGGAAGUUCGAGGAGUGGACAUUUCUGGGAGAAGCUUUCACGUCGUCUGUAAAGAUUUGGGACAAAGACUUGAGUGUCAGCAGAUUGUUGUUCUGUGAGACUUGUUUAGUGAGACUAAUGCCGUGUCCGAUAAAUGCACUCUGCCGUCUCAUCUGGUCUGGUCUACGGUAAACGGGCCACAUUUCCGUGUGUGGAGAAGUCAAACAGGUUUGACGCUACAUUCUAAGAAAUGAGUCAACCAACUUUGGCAUCGAGUUGUUUUUAAAAACCUAUAAUUACCUUCACAAUAAAAUGUCAGUUUGUUGAGCACUCUUUGGACUCCUGUUAAACGUAGCUUAUGCCUCAACACACUAAACACACAUAAAAGCAGUCUUUGAAAAAGGAUUUUAUAACAUUUUAUAUUAAAGGUAACAAAAGUUAAAUUGGUGCAUCUGACUCAAUAAUCUAAUAAUCACAAGAGACACGAAUCCUUCACAAGUGUUUUAAAUGCUUUUAUUGUUUUUAGAUCAUUUCGAAGCAAAAUUAAAAAGUAGCAAAGUAUAAACUGAUAAAAUGAAGUUUCAUAACUGCAUACACUGCUCUUCUCAACAUCAAAUAAUGUUUGAGAAGAUAAUGGUGUUUUUCCAUGGAUCGGGAACUGUGUUUAAAAACUCAGGUACGACAACAUUAAAUAGUUAAAAAUACAAUACAUGGUUCUCUCUCAAUGUUUUUAACGUUCCUCUAUUGCAUUUGUUUACCUUUGUGCCAUCUCGGCCCAUUCAAAAGGCCAAUACUCUUUGACUUCAUUGUUUAAGAUGACGCUCGAUGAUGGUAAACGUGUCUGAGAGACCGUCUCGAUGUGCUCAUGUUUCACUGGGGCCUCUGAUUCAUUGGUAUCGGGUAAACGUAGGUGCCCGUCUGUCCACAGGUGCCCUGAUGGGACACCAGCCAGCUGCUGUAAGCGUGGCCCUCCAUCGUCUCCACUCCCUCUUCUUCGUCACUGGAUGCCGCCUCAUUGUCUUCCUCCGAGCUAUUCUUCCCAGUGCCGUUCCCUCCCGGGCUGGACAUCUCGUACUCCUUCGUCCUCGUGUCGCACAGGCUGCAGACCCUCAACCGCUUGGUGGGGUGAAUGUGGCCGAUCACCGCUCGCUGCGUAGAGCACGCGUUGCACACCAAAAAGCCACAUUUUCGGCAGUGGUGGCGGCGAUUGGUCAUGGUGAAAUUGUCAAAGCAGCGCAUGCACUUGAAGGCAGCCUGGUCUGGGAUCCACGCCACAGCAAAGGUGGAGCCAGCUUGGCUGCCGCCGCCCUGCAGCAGGUUCGAGCGGCACUCCUCGAUGUGCUCCAUCCAGGCCCACUUCUCCUCGUACGACGGGGCGGACACGAAGAACGACUUGCGCGGCGUGCGCAUCAGCCAUUGGUUCUUCAAUCCCUCAGUGUCCUCCAUGUCCUUGAGCAUGAUGUCCUCUGAAAUGACAGUCAAGAUGGCAUAUUGAGAACAUUGCAAAAAAAAACAUAUGAUACGAUGGUCUGGUCGACACGCCAGAAAGCAAUUUUCUACCUGCGAACUUCCCAUUUCUGCACAACAAGACUGUAAAUUAGAGUUGAAUGCAGUCAACGUUCAACGUUACAGAUCUUUUUAUUCUACAGGCUUCGCUGCAUCAAUGCAAUGAAGGUGAACAGAAUUCUAUUUUGAGGUGUUCGAAGCAUUAAAACAUGACUUUGAACAAACUCAAAAGUAUCUGGCAUCUCCAGAAAUGCUGUCUUGUUUUUUUCUUUUUUGUGCAUGUUUGUUUUUAGGUUUAUCUAUAGAACUAUUGGCUCAAUUGAAAGUAGUUUAGGUGGUAUGUGGACAGGCAAU